AUGGCAGGCACGGUAGAUAUGGAAAAUAUGGAACCUGCUGGUGAACUACUGGUUCAAAAUGAACCUCAAAUUCUAGGUGAAAUUAUUAAUGGUUGUAAUAUGUUAGGGCAGAACUCGAACCAAGACAUUGAGUCUCAUUAUUCACGGAGAAGUUCUCGCGUUGAUCCUAAUCUUAAUUGUGAUGAUAUUAAGCGGUCAAAUAUAUCAGACUUUGGACGGUCAUUAGAUAAUAAUACUGGGGCUGAUGAUAUUAAAUUACCUGAAGAAAUGUCUUUAAAUGAUGAAAAUACAACAGAACCCCUGACUAAAAUAAAAACAAACCCAUUUUCUAGACGAUUACGGGACCAAAGAAAGAAGAUAGGAAUUAAAUUCCUUGUGACAAUUUUAACUUUUGCAGUUUUCAUAUUUACAAUUUUCACAUUAUAUCAAGGAUCUAAUGUGGAUACGGAGAAAUAUUAUCAUAGGUUAAAUUUUUUGGCUGUACUUCAGGAUGAUACAAUAACAUCAGAGAUGAUGGCACACCAUAUAGUACCGUUGGCUGAUAUUCUUAAUGCUACGAUUCAGACAACCCCUGGUAAAUGGAGUGUCUAUGACAGUAAAACUUUUUCCGAAAAAUAUGGCAUUUUGAUGGAACCUGAGGUAAUAAAUAAAAAAAUAGUGGAAAGGGUGUACCAUGAGUAUUUUUGGAUUUCCUUGAAUGUUAAGCCUAAUGCAACUAUGCAACUUUUGAACUCGAUUGUUAAUUCAACGGCAUCACCAUUUAAUACGACAAAUAUAUUUGAAGUAACCUUUGAAAGUGGGAGAGACCCUACAAAUAUACCUUCAACUAUCUUACCAUUAGUUCAAGGUCUUGAAGCAAAGUUUAAAGCAUAUUAUUAUAACAUAUACUUACCAGCGAUUUUAACUAAUAUAACAGAGAAUGGUAAUUACACCAUUACUUCUAAUUUCGAUAAUUUGGCAGCCAUGGCUAAUAUUGGAUUUUAUUACAAUGAUUAUAGACCAUUCUAUCGUCGUGGUUUAAUCACACCUACACAAGUUGGUGUUAUUGAUGGCUUAUUACUAACAGUUUUCCAAUUCUUGAUUUAUUCACCAUUGCAUACGGAAAUGUCUAAGUUACUUUGCCCCAGAAAUUAUAUAUUAUACAGAAUCUCAAUUUCGUUUAUCACCUUCUUUUUCAUUUCCCUUUUUUAUUGUUCCAUUCCUGGUUUCUUUGGGUUUGAUUAUGGGAGAGCAUUUGGUCGCGGUGGAUUUAUGGUAUAUUGGAUGUCAACACUUUUAUAUAUGGUCGCAUGUGGUAGCACUAAUGAAAAUGUCAUAAGUCUAAUAUUUUUAUGGAAACCAGAAUUUAUGGGAUUUUGGAUCACAAUUUUUGUAAUGUUGAAUGUGGCACCUUCGUUCUUCCCGAUGGCCUUAGAUAAUGUUUUUUAUCGAUAUGGGUAUGUCAUGCCAAUCCACAAUGCAAUCGAUAUAUUUCGAGUCAUAUUUAUGGAUACUUCAAGGAAGCAUAUGGGUAGAAACUAUGGUGUUCUAGUUGCAUGGAUUGUAAUUAAUUCAGCUUUAUGUCCCAUUAUUCUCAAAUAUGUCGAUAAAGUAAAUAGAAGAAGACAGAUACAAGCUGUGAAGAAAAGUUCUCGAAUUGAUUGA